AUGAGGUUGCUGAUCGUCUUUGCGGCUGUGCUCGUCGUUGCUUCGGCACAGACAGCAGCUGACAGAUUCCCAGAUGACUUCAUGUUUGGAGCUGCGACAGCCGCUUAUCAGAUCGAAGGAGCCUGGAAUGAAGAUGGGAAGGGAGAGAACAUUCAAGACUACCUUUUCCACAACCACCCAGAAUAUACAACAGGAGACACAGGGGACGUCGCUUGCGAUUCUUACCACAAGUACAAGGAGGACGUGCAGAUGCUGAAGGCCAUCAAUGCGAACGUAUACCGCUUUUCGAUUUCCUGGUCACGAGUGUUGCCUACCGGGGACGUUGACGUUAUCAACCAGCCUGGUAUCGACUAUUACAACAACCUCAUCAACGAGCUGCUUGCCAACGGAAUUCAGCCAAUGGUGACUAUGUACCAUUGGGAUCUUCCUCAACCGCUGCAGUACAUCGGAGGCUGGCCUAACGAGUUGCUGGCAGACUACUUCGUUGAAUACGCCAGGGUACUGUUUGAAAACUUCGGAGACAGGGUGAAAUGGUGGGUCACGUUCAACGAGCCAGCUACCUUUGUGCACGGCUACACAACUUUGAGGAUGGCCCCUUCUCAGCCCGCCAAAGGAAUUGGCGACUACCUGGCGGCACACACCAUCAUCAAAGCCCACGCUCGCGUCUGGCACCUGUAUGAUGAGCAGUUUAGAGCUUCGCAGAAUGGUAACGUGGGAAUUACGCUUAAUAUGGAUGGGCUUGAGCCAAUGACAAACUCGACAGAGGAUGUAGAAGCUAGUGAAAGAGCACGACAGUUUCAGCUGGGUCUCUACGGACACCCUAUCUACACUCAGAGUGGUGAUUAUCCGGCAGCGGUGCGACAGCAAGUGGAUGGCAACAGUGAGGCUGAAGGACGACCCCGGUCAAGGCUGCCAACCUUCACACAGGAAGAGGUGGAGUACAUUAGGGGUUCAGCGGAUUUCUUUUCAAUAAACCACUACAACACGACUUUCGUGACGCCAGGACUCACGGGCGAUUCACCUUCCAAACUGCGUGACAUGGCUGUAAAUAGAUCAGAGGGUCAGCGAUUACCUUGGGGAUUUCGGAGUCAACUAAACUGGAUUGCCAACGAAUACCCAGGAUAUCAAAUCAUGAUAACAGAGAAUGGGCUCUACAAUAACGGAGGAAGGAACGACACUGGUCGCAUCGCAUACUUUCAUGCAUACCUUGGAGCUGUACUGGAGGCGAUACACAUUGACGGUGUUCCGAUUAUCGGAUACACAGCUUAUGGUCUCAUGGACAACCUGGAAUUUAACAUGGGAUUCACACGUAAGACUGGGCUGUACGAGGUGGAUUUCAGCAGUCCAAACCGGACAAGGACGCCCAAGGCAUCGGCCUUCUUCAUGGCAGAAGUCUUUAGCAGCAAGCAGCUGCCCGACCCGUACAACCUGGCGGCUUAUAGAAUGGCAAUGCAACAGCAGAGCGAAUCACAACAGCCCUCAGCUGUUUCUGAGACAGCAGCUGACAGAUUCCCAGAUGACUUCAUGUUCGGAGCUGCAACAGCAGCGUAUCAGAUCGAAGGAGCCUGGAAUGAAGAUGGGAAGGGAGAAAACAUUCAGGACUACCUCUUCCACAACCAUCCUGAAUAUACUGCAGGAGAUACAGGGGACGUUGCCUGCGAUUCUUACCAUAAGUACAAGGAGGACGUGCAGAUGCUCAAGGCCCUCAAUGCGAACGUAUACCGAUUUUCGAUCUCUUGGGCACGAGUGUUGCCUACUGGGGACGUUGAUGUUAUCAACCAGCCUGGCAUCGACUAUUACAACAACCUCAUCAACGAGCUUCUCGCCAACGGAAUUCAGCCGAUGGUGACUAUGUACCACUGGGACCUGCCCCAAGCACUGCAGUAUAUCGGAGGCUGGCCCAACGAGUUGCUGGCAGACUACUUCGUUGAAUACGCCAGGGUACUGUUUGAAAACUUCGGAGAUAGGGUGAAAUGGUGGGUUACAUUCAACGAGCCAGCUACCUUCGUGCAUGGCAACACAGAUGUGAGGAUGGCCCCCUCUCAACCCGCCAAAGGCAUCGGCGACUACCUGGCGGCACAUACCAUCAUCAAAGCCCACGCGCGCGUCUGGCACCUCUACGAUGAGCAGUUCAGAGCCUCUCAAAAUGGUAGUGUGGGAAUUACACUUAAUAUGAAUGGGCUUGAGCCAAUGACGAACGCGACAGAGGACAUAGAGGCUAGUGAAAGAGCACGACAGUUUCAGCUGGGUCUCUACGGACACCCUAUCUACACUCAGAGUGGUGAUUAUCCGGCAGUGGUGCGACAGCAAGUGGAUGGCAACAGUGAGGCUGAAGGACGACCCCGAUCAAGGCUGCCAACCUUCACACAGGAAGAGGUAGAGUACAUCAGGGGGUCAGCAGACUUCUUUUCAAUAAACCACUACUCAACGACUUUCGUGACGCCGGGAAUCACAGGCGAUUCACCUUCCAAAAAACGUGACAUGGCUGUAAUUACAACUUCUGGCGAGCACCUUCCUUGGGGGUUUCGGAGUCAGCUGAACUGGAUCGCCAACGAAUACCCAGGAUAUCCAAUAAUUAUAACAGAGAACGGUCUCUACAAUUCCGGAGGACGAAACGACACAGACCGCAUCGAAUACUUUAAUGGAUACCUCGGAGCUGUGCUGGAGGCGAUAAGCAUCGACGGUGUUCCGAUUAUCGGAUACACGGCUUAUGGUCUCAUGGACAACCUGGAAUUUAACUCGGGAUUCACACUUAAGUCUGGGCUGUACGAGGUGGAUUUCAGCAGUCCAAACAGAACGAGGACGCCGAAGGCAUCGGCCUCCUUCAUGGCAGAAGUCUUUAGCAGCAAGCAGUUGCCCAGCCAGUACAACGAGUAA